AAACUACUGACCGCUGCCAGUGUCUGCUUCUCGACCAGGAAACCAUGCCUCUCCCUGUUCUGGUCCUCGCGACCGUGCUUGCCAAAUUGGCGGCUGCUCACUCUUGCGACAUCUACGCGGCUGGUGGCACACCCUGUGUUGCGGCUCAUUCCUCCACAAGAUCUUUGUAUGGUUCGUACAACGGUCCCCUAUAUCAGGUCAAACGAAACUCAGAUAAUACUACGACCGAUGUUCACCCAUUGUUUCCCGGUGGAGUAGCCAAUGCGGGCACUCAGGACAACUUCUGUGCUGGCACGACAUGUCUCAUCACUGAGAUUUACGACCAAUCUGGUCGAGGAAAUCACCUCACAGCGGCUCCACCGGGAGGUGCGGCAACUGGUCCGGAGCCAGGUGGAUACGACUUCGUUGCCGGGGCAACAGGUGCUGCAGUCACACUCAAUGGUCUUAAAGCAUACGGUGUCUUCACCACACAGUCUACAGGGUAUCGAAACGAUAACACGAACGGCGUGGCCACGGGCAAUGAAGCAGAAGGGAUCUAUGCUGUGUUCGAUGGAACGCACUACAACGGCGCUUGCUGUUGGGAUUACGGAAACGCAGAGACUUCGAACACCGACACUGGCCAGGGAUCCAUGGAGGCUCUUUAUUUUGGGACGUCCACGGCCAACGGCUGGGUGUCGGGUUCAGGUAGCGGUCCAUGGAUCCAGGCCGAUCUGGAGAACGGUUUGUGGUCUGGAGGCGCGACAUACCAGCCCGGAGAUGUAAACCCCAACAAUCCUUCAAUCGACUACCGCUUCACAACGGGUAUCGUCAAAGGAGACGACACUAAUCUUUGGGCCAUCCGUGGAGGGAACGCCCAAUUCGGUCUCCUCGGCAACUUUUACUCGGGGCCCCGACCCACCCAGCCCGCAGGUCAGGAUCAAUACUAUCCGAUGCGUAAGCAGGGCGCCAUCAUCUUAGGCAUUGGCGGUGACAACAGUGAUGGGGCACAAGGUACCUUCUAUGAGGGUGCUUUGACAAUUGGAUAUCCCAGCGACGCGACUGAGGAUCUUGUGCAGCUGGACAUUCUCGCCGCGGGCUACGGCACUACCUCCCAGACAAGUGGUCCUCCCGUAUUUGAGGGUCAGGUCAUCACCUUGCAAGAUGCACAGAGCGAAAUGUACCUGGGACACGAUGUGAAUGAUGUCUACGUCGUCCCGUCAGCCUCGGCAUCCACACAAUUCAAGGUGGUUGCACCAAACGCGCCAAAUUCGGGCUGCUUCUCUUACGAGUCAGUGGACCAGCCUGGUACAUUCUUGCGACACUUUGCAUAUCAGCUCUUCUGUGACAGUCCCAAUAAUUCGGACCGAUCCCCUGGUACCUUCGCAGACGACUCGACAUUCUGUCCCGAGACUGGCUUCGCCGCCUCGAGCGAUAAUGCUUUCCGCUCUUACAGCUACCCUACUCGGUUCUGGCGUCAAGUCGACGAUGGCAACGUAUACAUCGGAACGCAGGGCGGACCUUUCGCUUGGGACAACUGGUACGAAUUCACGACGCAGGCAAGCUGGAAAGUUAAUACGGUAAGCCUGAGCUUCUAAAGUAGGCGUAUAAUGUGAGCGAGGGAGUAGGAAAAGCCGGUCAUUGUGUUUAUAAAAAGGAGA